AUGCGUUUCAGCCGCUUCAUAUAUCUACCCGCUCUGCUAGCCACCAGCUUUUCAACCGCUUCCCCUACUCCCACUGCGGCAACGCUAGAAGCCAGAGCACUAUGGGAAGCUAUGGGUCAUAAUGACGCCGAAUUUGUAUAUGGCAUGGACACGUAUAAGAGGAAUUAUGGAAAAAACGUCGACGUUUCUGCGGAUGAGUAUCGACAGGCAGUGGCCUGGGUCAAGGACACAUUGUUUCCCAACAUGGAUACUACAGCGAUCGAGUACAAUUACAGGCAGCACCACAACAACAUUAACAGGAUGCCCGCGAAGGACGAGGCCAGACAGGCUUACAAUAUGCUUGGACUCGCAUCCCCAUACUGA